ACAACCUGCAAAUGAAAAGUGAGUUGUUUACAGAUCUGAGCCAGGGCUGAUAAUUAUGGAGGAUCGAUACACGUGGUCGGGAAUUUGUUUUCAGAGCUGGCAGGCAAAUAAUAUUCAAAUUUAGCACCAACAGGACAAGGGAAGAAUGGCGGGCGAGCGCCCAAGGCGAAGAAUAACUCAGCCUUGCUUGGUAUGUAUGUAGCAUUAAAGUGCUAUGUCACGACUUGUUCUUCAAAGACGCCGCGUUAUAAAUUUAUCGCCUUCUCGCGCUUUAUCGUGCCCUGUUGCAAUUCAAGCGAAAGAGAUCUGUCUGUUCUCCAUUUCUACCAAGUAAUUUAGACGUCUGGUCACCUUAUAGCGUAUAUAACUUAAGAUUAACAGCUUGAAAUUUACAGCCUUGAUCAUUGGCUUUCUUUUGACGAUCGCUCGAAGUCGAUCAAAAACGAGUUCAUUUGUAUUCGUUUCAUCGGCCUUUGUGCGAGGCAAUUAAUUUCCUUGUAUCUUUGUCAUAUUUAGGUCAAAGGAAAACACCACACUUUGAAUAUGAAUUUUCUAUUAAAAGUUAAUUACGCCGUCUGAAAACCAUCUCUUUCGUGAACCUGAGAUCGAGUCGUUUAGAUGGUUAGUCAAAUCUUGUCAGCAAAGCUGUGUUAAGUUGGUUUAAGUUAUGUUGAAAACCUUCAGUUGGUUUUAAGAAUUAGUCAGAUAAAUAUUCACUUUUCACUCAAUUUCCUUUUUAAUGUAAGUAUACAAUAUUUCGAUCCUCUUUUUAGCUAAAGAAUUGAUCAAAGCGGGUGUCCCUUUAGAUAGUGUAUACGGUUGACUGGCCAAUUUAACGUUGAGGUUCUCUUCAGAAAACUAACCGCAGAUUGUUCACUAACCCAGAACACUUUGGAUCAAGAAGUGGUGACUUUUUACAUCAACGACCCUAAAAAGACAAACAAGUGAUUAACAGUUUAAAAAAACAGCCUAAACAUUCUUAAUUGUCUUUGCAACAGAUUACAAUGUAGCAUUGUACCUUUCCUUUGUUGGAUUGUAUUUGUUUUUUGUUUUUUUUUUUCCUUUUUUUUUUCUGAGUAUCUUAAAUUUACAAAAUUUGGAAUUUCAUGUAUAACACAAACUACACAAACUUGCAGCAGUGGCGUUAAUGCUAUAUUUCAGUACUUUCUUUUAUUAUUUAAGGUACAUAUGUCACUUCCAUGGUCAGCCGGAUUAUCCAUGUAUGAUCACUUUAAUCCCUUUAAUCUCUGGGGUCACUGAAAAAUCUUUAGCAAUUGCAACAAUUUUAUGGAAACAACUCUUCAACCAUCCAAUGCAGCCAUCCUUGCAAGAGCAAUCACCAAGAUAAACUUAAGAUCUACGUUUACAUACACCUGCUCAUAUAAUUCACAUGGCUGGACUUUUUUGAGUUUGCUGUAGUGAGUGAAGCAGUCAUACUGAACCAAUGUUUGAAAUGAGCAAUUGGUAACUUUGGUGAUUUAUCCUCAUUGAUCUCUAAAUUUUUGGUAAUAGUGUGUUGCUGAAAUGUUUUUAAAAAUGAGAAAGUCAUUAUACUGUUCCUGAUGGAAGAUGACAUUGUCGAAUCCCUGCUGAAUUGCACUAAAUGGCAUUGAUUAACAAACAAUAAUUGUAAUUAGUAAUAUCAGAUCUAGCCUUCCCUCCAGUGGUAGUUUAAGUGAUUCUUGGUCUUUUGUUUUAAGCUAUUUUGAGCUAUCAAAAUGGCACAUUGUUCCAGUAUAGAAUUCCUUACAAUAAAAUCAUGUUCAAGUAUAUAUAACUAUUUUUCCUUCUUGAUUAAUAUAAAUUUUUUUAUUAGACAGUUUUAAAAAUGAUGAAUGGAUGAAUGAAUAGACAAAUACAUAAAUGUCACUUUAAUUUAAAAUCUUAAAAUCCAAAUAAUUGACACUGAUGUGAAAGCGGGGAAAAUAGUGUUGGUGUAGUUCCUGUGGCUAGAACCUAUUUUUGUGGUCCAAUUUCUUGAGGACAUCUUAUGAUUAAGAGGAAUGUCAAAUUUUGUACUGGUCAAAUUCUUAAGAUUUACUUGUUCAUAAUAUUUGUGGUUUCUUAGGAAUACAAUGGAGGGUUGCUCCAUAAAGAGGAAGUUAUGUUAAGAAAGGCAUUGUAUGCCUCACUGGUUGAUUCCAAGAAGCCCUCACCAAACAAGCCUUCUUGCGGCAGUCAUUCAGUUUGUGAGACAGCAGGCAAUAAUGGCUCUCAAGACGUCACCGGUGUAACUUGCAGUGGAGACAAAAAGAGUAACAAACAGUGUAGCACUUUUGAGGAGUGCAGCAACUGGAAUGGUACCAGUGAAUCUGAGCCACUUAUCACUGAAAAGACCGUUGACUCUGAAAUGCAAAAGAAGAUCAAGGAACCAAGCAAACUUCUUAAUUAUGUUAUCAAGAAGAAAAAGGAGAAAAGAACCAAUCCAAAAACGUUAUUUAGGACUGUGUCUUCAACAAAAUUUCCAGGAAGAGGGGAAGGAAGUUUAUUGUCUCAGAAUGGUAAAGCAAAAAAGCGAAGGAGACAGAGAGGAGCACUUGCAGUAUUUGUUGCAAUGAAUAAGUCUGCUGGCCGAAAAAUGAGUAGGGAGCAUUUCUUGGAGGCAGAUAAAGACCUUUCAACAAGUAAAAGGAAGAGAAGACGAAAGAGGAGGGAGGUUAAAACUCAAAUCUUUAAUGAAGCAGAUACUGAAAGUGAGGAGUUGCCAUUAAAGAAAUCCAAGAGUGAAGAGAACAAGUAGGUGUAUUGUAUUAUGGAUUUAUAAUCAUGGACUGCAGUAAAUAUCAGAAGUUACACAGUGUGUCUUACAAAACACACAGGAACUUGACAAAAAAUCCAUGUGAUGUACAUGCAAUGACAUGUUUCUUUUGGCAACACUUUCAAAAAAGAGUGGCUGGAAGAGUGUUGUGUGUUGUUUUGGCUGUGAGUAAGCUAUAAAUCCCAGGGGUGGGGGGUACUCCCAUAAUGGUUUAUAGACGGAGGCAACAGGCAAAAGAGGUACUUUUUCAGGCUUCAGGUAUACGAAAGGUAGGGAUUUCACUAGUUGAAGUACAUGUAUGUGAAAGGGUAGGCAGGGUGCAAAGAAAGUCAGUUUUACCACUUGCCAUUCGGGCAAGCUGUAGCUAGCAUGUACUAGCCCACAAGUUAUUUCAACUAGCUCCAAAACCCUUUUUGAUUAGCAGGAUUGAUUACAAUCCUUCUGUAAUUUGAAUUCCCCGCCAAAAAAGCACUUGCCUAUCGGGCAAGUUAAGAACAAAAAUCACUAGCCCAAUAGCAAAAUCCACUAGCCCCGGGCUAUCGGACACGACUUUCUUUGCACGCUGGUAGGGAGAUCUGUCAUUGCAGUCUGUGAUAGGACCUAAAGCUGCUAACAGGCACAUUAUAUGGCUGUGAUAAAGACACAUUGGAAAACUCUCUGGUUUAAUGAUUUAUUCAUAUUUACAUUUGUAAAAGACGGUGUAUUUGCAGAAGUAGUUAAAAGGGAUGCAGCUUUCUUAGUCAACUAGUACAGUGUGGGAAAGGGGCACCAUUUGUCAAUAACACGUAAAUGAAAGGGGUACACCUAAAACAUAAUUGAGUACCCCCUCCCCCUGAUUAUGAUUGGGACCUACAAAUAUAACUUUCAUUUACAUGUAACUGACAUUUUAUUAUUAUUUUUUUAAAAUUGUAGAGCAGCCUGCAGAGUAGUCCAAGCACAGCGGAAAUUUGCAAAGUCACAUCCAAUGAGUCCAACUAGGUAGGAAGUGUUUUUUUAUCACUUUGUGUUCAGAUUAAUUAAUCUUAUUCUUUGCCAUAAUAACUACGGUUUUGAAAUCUCAUACCAAGAUUUUAUGUGCAUUGAAGACAAAUUACUGCAAAUGCAGCAUUUUCUUUUAAUGCCUGUAUAAUUUUUAACCUACUGAAAGUCCAAAGAAGGUGGUAUACAAUUUAACUGGACUAAUAUGGUAAAAUGGCGGCAGGGCAGAACAAAGGAAAGAGAGCUUGCAACUACGUCUCUGGAAUUUGAACUCCACCUCCAAUUCCCCUGUGGCUCCCCAUCAACUGAGCUAUCAGAUUUCCGCCAAUCAGCGUAAAGCAAGAACGAGCGAGAAUGUAAACAGACAUUGAAAAACAUGUGCCAAGGGUAAUGACGUCAUUACUUAUGUCAUCUCUGCCAAUCAACAUUUUGCAUCGACUUUUUUGAUGCAGAUAUCGAAAUUCCAGAGAGCUAGUUGCAAGCUCUCCUUCCUUUACCGCCACACCGCCAGAGCGCCUUGGAGAGCUUACUCACAGGCUAUGGUAAAUGCAUUGUUUAUAGUUUAAGUGCACUUAGCUGCUCUAUUUACAAUCAUGGACAAAAAUCUUGGGACAAAUUUGUAUUUUAUGUGGUAUCAUUACAUGUAAUCCACACAUGCCCAACCCCUUAGCCAACUCACAUACACUGUUGAUCAGUGUAUCUGUUGUGGUUUAAAUUUGUCCUUGGUUAAAAAUUUUUCAAACCAAUUUUUGUUUUUCUUUGUCUCUGAUUAUGGUAACUGAUUUUAGACAAAGGAAAGUAAAAAUUAAACUGGUUUGAAAAAUUUUAAACCAAGGAAAAAUUUGAACCACAACAUAUCCACCAUUUUUCCUGAGUUUCUAUGUUGUACUGAGGGUGGGGGAGGGAGAAACCGCAAGGCAUUUGUAAACAGAUAGCACUGCUACAUGAUGGUACAUGGAAAUAAUUUUACAAAUUAAGUCACUAUACAAGGUCUUUUGUUCACGAUGAGAUAGAUUACAGGCACUUUGCUCAAUUUUAAUUUGUAACUAGUAAUGAAAAUAUAACAGGGUAAACCCUUUAAGUCCCAAGGUUGAUUGUCAACAUCAACUUUCUCCUCACAAUGUCAAUACAUAAUCAAGAGAAAAGGUUAGGAGAGUUGAUAAAAUUAUCACCAAAGGUAAAUGGAUUUUUCUUUGAUCAGUUCUCCUAAAUACUUCUUUGAGGAAAUGUAUGGAGAUCAGUCUGGAGAAUGAAGGCUGAUUCAGCAACAGAAUGUGAACGUCAUUUGAUGACAGGAAAGCACGCAGAAAGGACUAAAAUCAACUUCCGGUGCCCAAUUUGCCUCUCUGGCAUUAAUAAAGCCUGUUGUUUGAUUUGCACACGUAGUCAUCAACUGAUGUUCCUGUUCUGUUGCUAAAUCAGCCUUGUAUGUGGAUAUUGGGGGUUAAUGAGUUAAAAACCAGAGCUGGCAGGAGGCAACAAGUUUUCUAUCUGCAAGCAUGCCAUGGAAUUGUACUGGGGAACUAGCUACCUAUACUAGUGGUCAGAGCAAGGCUCUGAAACUGUACUGAUGGUAACUCCAUACUUUGGUCACUCACUCAGUAAUUAAAAUGAUUUGCAUGUAUUUUGUUUUUAACCAGCGCUAGAUCACAUGAAAAGCGAAAUAUGCUCUCAAGCACUUGUACAUCACGAGCCAAGACAGAAGAUUUCUUGACCUUUCUUUGCUUAAGAAGUGAGUAAAUUUGUGCAUCAAGGAUUUUGCCUGUCAGUGUCAAACUAUAUUAUAUAUUAAAUAUUAUUUAUGGUAAUCAUUUGUAAUGUACUAUAUCCUUUCAAGUCACUAGCCUUACUCAUUACAAAUAGGUGCAGAAGGGAAAUGUGAUGGGUUACUGUAAGUUUUGGAUAUAGCUGUUGGGGGAAUUGAUUUUACUUGUAUGAAUGCCAUGUUUCCUCUGUUAUUAUUACCACUAGGAAUAUGAGUCCCACUAGCUCAGCUCAUGCGUUAUUUCCUUAUAAAAAGCUUGUUGUUUCAAUGAGGGGCAUGGGCUGACCCACUUGUCAAGAUCUUAAUUCGAUUUUUUUGGACAGGAGUUGUGUUUUGGCCGAUGUUGAAAGUGCUGAGGAAGCACUUGAUGUAUUGUUUGGGGGGAAGGAGAGGUAAAAUCAGGGAACUCACUAUGCUAUACAUCAAUUAAUUUUCAAAACAUGGAUGUAAGAGAGAGAGGACAUUCCUGAUUUUUUCUUACUGUCCCUUCACUGAUUUUGAGCUACCAUAAACACAAAUGUAGUACACAGAUCAAUCCUAAUCCCAUUGAAGCUCUUUAAAAUACGUCUCUUCAAACAUUCUAUUCCUAAAUUAAAAAAACACAGGUCAAGCAAAGAAAUUGCAGCGCAAUUUAAAGUCCCUUUUUCCCCAAGACAAUCACAAUAGGGGCUUGUUUACGUUCUUUAAAUUCCAGGUUAUUGAUCAUGUUUUUCCAAAGCGAGCUGUUAGAGCCCCAUCAUGAAAAAAAAAUUGGCCAUGCCCCUGAACAUUCCUUUGUUAACUUGUUGCAGAUCAUCCUGUCUUACCCAAGGAGCUGGAGAAAUUCAACAAUCCUUAUCUGCCAAUGUCCCCAUUAUCUGACGAGGAAGAGAACAAUAAUUCCUUACCACCCUCCCCGUCACCCUCCCCGUCAAUGUCAAAUUCCUCAAAUCUGUCAAGCACCGUGCACAAGUCAUUUUCUGACUCACCUGUCCCAUCGGUGGAUAGCCCGGCCACUGGUGAGGGACCCUCGUGGGAAAGUGGUGUGGUGAGAAUGUAUGCAGAUGGUCCCAAGGGGCUGGCUGGAAAGGGAAAGGAGUCAAAGAAAUAUGACGAGCUUCUGCCUAGUGAUGACGCUGAUGUAAGUGAUUGGUUUUUCUUGAUGUGUGAGUAUUAGAUGCAGAACAGUGGAAUCUAAGCUCCUUCAGGUUGACCAUUCGCGUUCGUUUUGAUUAGUAAAUGUGAUGAACUGCUUUCACCUAACAGUUUUUCUGUUCUUCUAUGGCCUGGAGACAAAUAGCCUGUUCCAGACCCUCUGUAGUAGGGAUGAGUGGAAAGAAAAGCAAGCACACACACAAAAACACAAAAAACAAAAAGAACAGACAAGAACUGAUUUUCACCUAUCCUGACUAACACAGUGUCUGGAAUAGGCUAGAAGAGCAGGUACACUGUGUUGUGAAAGGUGCAAACUUCAUAUUAUACCUUGCAUUCAUCAGUAUUAUUUAUUUUUAAAGCUCACAGUCAUUUUCACGUACAGUCAUGUCCUGCCAGACAUGAACUAUACUUAAAGUAUUCAUAUGCAUGAGGCAACAUUGUACUAUAUAAACUUAAUUUGAAAUAUUGUGAUCUAUCCAUAAAUUUGCAAUCUUCUUGUUGGUUUUUAACUCUAAGUGACAAGUUUAGUUGGAGUGAUAAACACUUUGCAUUUGUGUCUCAAUUUGUUUGGCUGUUGUUCUCUUCAGAACAUUUCUUCUUUUUUUUUACUUGUUAUCCCUGCAGGCUACUGCAAGGAUACAUAUUUGCUAUCGUUAGGUUGCCUGGAAAAACUGUAAAAUAUUAUGAGCCUGCACAAUAAACUUGUAUGACAUAAUAUCUGAGCUUUCAACCUGACUUUUUAAAAACAAGGAACUGUUACGUCCUACAAAGCAUUUAGGACCUACCAUGCAAAAUAUAAAUUGAGAGGUAUCUAUUUAAAUAAUCUGAAAAAGCUGAGCUUGCCUAAUACAAUAAUUUUUGUACCUGCUUAACAAACUUAAUAAAAUACCCAAAUUCAGUUCAAACUUUUUUGCUCAGACCAUGUGACCAUGGAUAAUAGAAGGACUGGUAUUUUCCAUGCUCGGACAAGAAUGAAGCCUUACUUUCCAUGCUUAUUACUCAAGGUACAAAUACAAACCCCUGUGUUCAGGUGCGCAGAAGGCCCCUCACUGUUUAGCUUCUUUUAGUAAUGUGUUGUUAGCUUCAAGAUUCAAAUUACGAGAAAAGUUUAAAGGUGCACGAUGAUGCUGACAAAACCUAACACAUGUGUAGAGAUUUCGCCUAAAGCAAUGUCAUUAUGCUUCCAUUGGUUUUUAUAUUUAUGCUGUUCCUUGUUCAUGAAAUUAAGGAGUCCUCUAUGAGUAGCUUCUACUCUCGGUUACUGUUCGUUUAUUUAAAGGUUUUCCAGUUGCUCUACAUUUAUUUAAAACAUUGUGAAUUGCAGAUUCAUUAAACAGGUCUAUACUAUUUUAUAGCCUAUGUUAUAUCAGUUGAAUCUACUAAGGCCUAAUACUGAACUUGUAUGUGAAGAGAGACGAAGUGCUCAAUAUUGUGAUCAUGCUUUACGUAUUCAACAUUCGUCUGUCAACGACUUACUUAAGAAAGCUGGUUUACUAACUUUAGAACAAACGCCACUGAAUCGUAGUCAAUAGUUACCGGCACCACACAAACGACUUAGUGACGGACUCAAGCAAAACUGACGACGAUAGAAUGACUGUACAACCGACGAAAAAGAAAAAAAGAUUUUAAAACAAUUUUGAAAUAUUUUUAAACUUUUUAAUCUGUGGCAAAAUACGGGUCAUAAUACACCAAUGGCAUUUAGAGUCUUCAUAGUCAAUAAAAUCACGGCUUCACUGACAGACGACCAAUAACAUCGCAACUUAAUUGGCUAAUCAGGUCAAUAGCCAGAGUUAAAUACCAUCAACUGACGUUGCCUGCGAUCACCACCUCACGGUUUGUUAAAACGUCAGUCAAUUUCAACAACCUUGAAGAUUAUAUUCCACCCACUUAUGAUUCUGAUUAUUGUGCGUUUUUCAAGGCGAGUCCUGGUGCUCAUCCUUUCUCAUGAAAAAUCAGUUCUGAAACAUUUCACCCAUGUGAAAAUGGUGAACAAUAUGAAUAAUGAAAUGGCUGUACAGUUUUUCGCUUAAUUUAAUUUAAUUUCGAGACCUACAAAAGCGACCUCAUUCUUUCGUAAAAUGGCCAUAAAACCAUGGAGACUGCGGUCGUUUCUGCUAGAAUAAUUCUUGUGUUAAUAAGCAUGUUUGAAAUACGAGAAAGUAUGUGUCCCCUUCAAAAAUUUUGGUUACGUGUUCCUAUAAUUUGUAGUGGUUUUCCUGGGCAGCCGUUAUUGGGGUCGUCAUGCAACGCUGCUUCCCAAGAGGAGCCUUGUGUGAUGAUUCAAACGGCGGCUGCUUAGAGGACAAAUGCAAAUAGUGGAAGUUUGCUAAUUAAUGCGCAGCGAGUGUAAGACGACGCUCGUCGAGUUUUGUUCAAUUCCCAUGGGAUUCGUUUUCCUUUGUAGACCGCCCAAUCUUAAUCUAAGACCCUGUUUACAUGGAGUGGGGGACCCCGGUCUAGUGGGGUACAUUUCUUUUGUUUUGUGUCCUCCAGAGCGUGAAAACAAAAGAAACCAACCCCACCAGACCGGGGUCCCCCACUCCAUGUAAACAGGCCCUUAGUUCCUACAUAAAAUUACAAUUAAGUUACAAAACGUUCGAAGAGUGUGCUCUUUCGCACGCCGCUGUGUUCUAUUAGAUUUCAAUGUGAAAUGUGUUUUUUGAAUUUAGACAGUAUUCAGCAUGGUGAACGUCCUCUGCUUUAUAAACUAGUUGUUCAUUUUGGCAGCUUUUGCAUUUUUUAAGCAAUUCGUGUCGUUCAUAAUUGUUGUUGUUAUCUUUAUAGGACCCGAGAGAAUUCACCAAGUCUGUGACACCUCCGCUUUCUUUUCGAGUAUCCUCUCGCCCAACAAACUGCUCGGUUUACAAGACAGGAAACAAGCAGCUACCGAGGCCUAUCCCAAAGCCAUUCGCCGUCAAGCCUUCAAUUACUAGUGUUUCAAUGAGUAAAACUGCAUUGUACCCCACGGAUACCAAAAGUACAGGGGAUACCGGCAAUCCUUCUUCCCCGUUGUCGCAUCUCUCGGAAUCGGUUAAUUCGCCGCCUCCACCUCCUUUGUUGUACAUCCCCGCUGCUGCACAGAGGGUAACUCAUCUCCACGAACCUCCUAUUUUGCAGCGUUUUCCCUCAACUUCCCCUUCGCGCGAGCAAGAAAGCGACGGAGGAUCAGAACUUCGUCGGUUGUCAGUCGAUCGGAAUGAUGGACCGCCACCUUUAAAGAGGUUUCCUCCUGUUGUUUUAGAGCAUGAAAAUUCAGAGAAGGAUUUUGAAGCUGUAAAAAGUAGUACGGAUAUGCCCUUUUUAACGCAAAAGGGUUCUUCAGAUUUUCGUCCAGUUUUGUCAAGGUCCCCAAAUGGACACGAAUUACAGGCCAUUUCGUCGGCUGCACUGACAACAAGUGGAAAAUCAAGCAGCUCACUUUGCGAUUUGACCAAAAUCUCGCAGAUGGAAAGAGAGGUAGACGGGACUACUUCGCGUUGGAGAAACAGAGAGAUGCCCCUUUUGAGGAGGCAUUCUUCCGCGACUGAGGGUACCGUCUGCUUUGAAGAGCUAGUGAAAUUUCCCGGAAGUUCGCGGACGAUCAACUCUAGUAGCAGCCCACCUCAGCUUCAACGCGUGCCCGCGAUGAAAGACGCUGACAAACAUACACGUCUUAGUCCCCUUGAAACUGCAGACGUCGAUGGUGUACCUGGAACUUCCGCCGGUGGUUUCGAUACGUCCACUGCUAGUCAUGAAUCUUCCAGUCGGGUUUUUGGAACUUCAGGUAGUCGAAUAGACAGUUCCGAUGGUCGACUUGGAUCUUCCGGAAGUCCUCUUCCAGCUUCCAUUGGUCUUCUUGAAACCUCCCAUAGGCGACAUGAAGUCUUUCACCCUGAAAAUUCCGCUUCUCGACUAGUUGGUUUCGAUGGUCUUCUCUCGUCUAACUUGUCAUCUCAUCCUCCUAGACUUGUAAGGCACCCAACAUCCAGACCAAGCUUUCUUGAAAAAAACCCGAAUGUAACAUCACUUCAAAACGAUACAGUAUCUCCUGGUAUUGCUAAUCAAAGGCAGGCUUCACCACUUGCGUUUCCUACUAACAGAAGAAGUGCGCAGUCAUUUCAAGAAAGUCAUUACUCAAGAUCCAUUCCAAUUGCUGAAACGCUCCCCGUCACUGCGAGACAGUCUCCUGUAUUUGCUUCUGGUAAAGACAGGUAUAAAAGUACUUACGUCUUUGCAACCCGGCAAACGAUUCUACAGCCUGAAAAUGAACCGAGCCCUGUAAAAGUGAGUUCUUUAUUUUUGCCAGGCAAGAACUAUGUUGGUUUGACGCCCGUCCACGGCAGGGUGCAUUCGGUGCGACACCUUCAAUCAAUUAGUGGCUUGAACCAGUCGGAUGAAAGGCGAUUUUCACCACGCUCGAUACAGAAUCACUAUUCAGGGCCCCGUAGUCAUCAAUCGCACGUAAACUUAAACAACACGAAUGCGGGUUUGUCGUUGGCAAACAAGCAUUUUAACACUUCUGAGGGAUCAACGAGAAUACCCUCUCCAAGAUCAGACUUGCUUAGCAGAUUAUCGCACGAACCUUUGAACGGUUCGUGUGUGUCUCGCGUUAAUGACCUCUCUUCGGAGUCCUCGUCCUUCCGAAAUCGACCGAUGGGUAUUCGAUCGAAUGUUCCGCACCUCGUUAACACGCCCGAAUGCUUCCCUCCUGCAUGGUCACACUUAGAAUCACCUUACUCUCUUCCGUCUGUAGCCUCUAGAAAUACUCCCCCUAAACCGUACACUUUGUCCGUGAACUUACCUUCUCCUUUCUCUUCUGAUCACACCGACGCACAAUCUGCUGAGUCACGAUCGAAUUCGAACACGCCAGUUUUAGAAGGUUAUUCCCUGGCUCAAGUUCGAACAAGCGAUCAACAACAAGUUCGUGUUAUCGAGCGCGCAGAGCGCUAUUCAGGCGCAGCUGAAAAUUACAGAAACUAUGACUUGCCCAAUGCAUUCCAAAACGCGAUUGUCCCGCAUAGCGUGAGGGCAAACAAUAUCUUCAAUGAAUCCGGGUGCUCUGACACUUCAGUCAGUGAUCGGACAGUCUCUCGACCAUAUCUUAACGAUCAAAGAACAGGCGAUGCGAACAUGGAAAACUCAUGCCCAAUACUCCAACGCGUCGAAAUUCCAGCAAAAACUACAGUUUCGAAAUCAAACAAUCUUAGCAGGGGUACUCCAAGCCCAGUAGCUCGUCAAACUGAACUUCAAGCACACACAUCGUCUUCGAAAUCACCAAACUUUAAAGGAAAGAAAAACAGCCUUAUUACUGACUCUAACAAGCCUUGCAAAUCUCCAAAGACAACAGGCACGGAUAUUCCAGGCUCCAAACAAAAGACAGCAAUUUGUUCAUCGUUGGACAAGGCUAAGGAUUCGCCCAUGUUUUAUCCCACUGAGGAAGAAUUCAAAGAUCCCGCCGCCUACAUUAAAAUAAUACGUCACGAAGCUGAGAGGUUCGGUGUAUGCGUCAUUGUUCCACCAGAGUCAUGGAAGGUUUGUUUUUGUUUGUUUGUUUUACUCUUGUUUACAUUAGACAGCAGUUAAUUUAAGAGACUUGAAGCGAACAACUAAGGAGCAAACCAUUUAAGGGAGUUGGCGGCUGGGUGACUUGGUUUGCCCAGCAAUUUUUCCUAGCCUUUAUGGUGGGCGCAAAAAGGGGAGGGGAGGUGGAGAGAUAGAAAAACGGGAAAGCGUUCUCUCCCCAAUUCCCCUCACUUUUUCCCUUCCUCCCAAUCCCCUACCCCUUUCGACGCCAGCUAAUUUUUCUUUUUUCCCCGAAACAUACCGACGCGCGCGAGAAAAAUACCCCUGGUACCAAGGGUAGCCAGUCCUCGAAAACUGGACCAAUUUUUGUCAAACGUCCAAAAACAUACUAGCACCGCAAAUUGAUCAAUUUUAGCACAAUACUGGGCGCUGCGCAAAAACUAGUUUUUAAUGAAGUCGCUUGGUUUUGAUGCUAAAUUUUCUUCUGUAUUGUAUUCUUUAUUGACAUGCACAAUUGAAAACAUGGGCGGACUCAAUUUUUUGUUAUAGCAUCUGGAUAUUUAUACCGCACCUUUCUUCUUUGUUUUUUAACUUUAGCCCGAGUUUCAGAUUUCUGACAAUUUGAGGUUUGUUAGCGAGUGUCAACUGAUUCACAGACUUCAGGAGAGGUGAGUUCAAAUUAUCACCUUUAUCUGAUGAAAGUCGUCAAUGCUCUGAAAAGUACCUAUCUCACGUGUUGUUUCUAGUUCAAAUAUUGUGAGCAGAAUUUUAGGGUCUUGUUCUGUUGGAAGCAUCGGGUACUGUAUUUGCAAAAGGCAAAAAAAAAAAAAGCGAACAACUGUACAUUCAAUUUGUUGUUCUGUAGAGCUUACAAAAUACCGUUAAAUUCCGAAAAUAGGCCCUCGGGCUUAUAUUUUUCAAUAGAAUGUUCACAGUCCCCUAUUUUUUCGUGAGAUCGUUUAGAUAUAACGCGUCUUACCGUCACGGGUAUCUGGAGGGGGCGGGCGUCGGGGAUUAUAGCUCAAACAGCCCCCGCCCCCUAAGUAGUUUUGACACUCAUGCAAGAUGGCAGCCCGUAACGCAAGGUGCUCGAUCUCGACGAUCUUACGGAAAAAUAGAGGACUGUCAACAGUCUAAUUUUUCAAAGGCCCUUUUUGGGGGGCUUAUUUUUUGGAGGGGCUUAUGUAUGGAGGGAAAUUUGCGUUGCAAAAUCGAUUGGGCUAGCCUUAUUCUUAGAAGGAAAUUAACCGUUUUUCUUUGUUUUACUUUGUAUUUGAGGGCAAUUUCCAAAUACAAGCCCCCCUUAUAUUUGGAGGGGGCUUAUUUUCGGAAUUUUACGGUAGUCCAUUUCUCACAUCAAAGUGAAUGAAUUUAACACUAGUGCGGCUAUAUAUCACCCCCUUAUCUAGAAUCCUUCCCUGACUUUCAGCACAGUUUGCGGGGCUUUUCUCAACAUGUAAUUCGCUGUGUCUUUGUUAAGACGGAAUCCAUUAGGAAAUUGAGUAAUUUUAAUUUUCAGUGGACAAAAACCUUGUACCAGAAUAUUUUAAGCCAUGUCGCAAUCUUUUUUAUAUUUUUUAAGGGCAAUAGAUGUAAUUAGGUUUAUGUAAUAACACCAAAGACAAUUUCUUAUGGGAGCCCGGGAAAUUGAUUUCAAAUUUCACAGGAAUUGAAACAAAGGUAAAAUGGUCGUGUGUAAAAUUUCGCUUUGUUUAAUUGGAAGCUUUUGAAGUUUAUUUUCUCGGGCUCCCAUAAGAACCUUUCCUUUGGAGUUAUUUCAUAUAACUUAUUAGAUAAGCGUAAAAAAGAAUGCAAUAUGCUUGAAAUUAUUCUGGUACAAGGUUUUUGUCCACUGAAAGUUGAAAUUACUCAAUUUCCUGAUGGAUUCCAUCUUAAUAUUAAUCUUAAGACUCAGUGAACGUACACGUCCUUUACCACGACUGGCCGGCUUAGCCCUGGCCUGAACCUUUUUCAUGGCAAAAAUCUAGUCCGCCUAGAGAAGAGGGGUGCCCUAAGCAAGUAGAUUGGCAGUCCAGAACCUUUAGUCUGUCCACCAUGUAAACCUAUCAAUUCGUUGGCUCUGCUAGGGUAGCGCGAUUACCUAGGGCACCAACCCCUCCCCCCCCCCCCAUCUCUUCCUUUUUUUAUUUUCCACUGUUUGUUUCAAAUCGCCAGAUGGGGUCCCGUGGAAGAGGAAAUGGCGUGUAUCAGGAAACAUCUCGACCAGCAAUCUAUCCCUUUAGAACCCAUGCCUCAGGUAAUGACCUCAAGGCCUAGUAGACUUCAUGGCCGACACCUGCGAUGCCAAGGUUGCAAGCCUAGCACAAGUAGAAGGAUAUCUGGCUUAUAUUUGCGCUUAUGCUUGCGUCUCUGCGUCAUACAGUUGACUCCCAAUAACUCGAACCUCCCGCUAACUCGAAGAAAUUUUUGCUUCCCCUCAGGUCAUUCCGGACCUAUAUAAUUUUACCCUCGAUACCUCGAACCAUGUUUUGAACGCUUAAAAAGUCGGGGAAAAACUGUGCACUGGCGUUCGAAACAUUUGAUUUUCAAGUCGCAUUGACGUGUUGUAGACAUGCAGUUUACUAGUGGAGGCUGAUGUUGUGUGUCACAAAUCUAACGUGAAGCAGCUUUACUUUUUAAAACAGUAAAACGCGUGCUCUAUGUGGGCUAUGUUUUGUUCCGUUACGGUCUCGGAUUUAUAACUGAUCUAAAAGUAUCUUUCAAUUUUCACUUAACAUUUCUAGAAUAAAUGUGAUUAAAAUGCUCACCUUACAGUAAAAACUGUUUUUUUACCUUCCUUUAGGCUAUUUUCUUCGAGCUCCCGAUAACUCGAACUUUUUUCGAUUUCCCUUGAAGGUUCGAGUUAUCGGGAGUGGACUGUACUUCCAACCAGCCUUUGGAGAAUUUUAACAAAAACUAUUUAAACCAGGACUUGCCGCCUUUUACGAUCGGAUUCUCAAAUCAUCCAUCGCAGUUAUAAUCGUAAUUCAGGCAACUGCAAAUUAAACCCCGAAAAAAUAACUUUUCAGGGCUGCAGUGCUCUACCAACUGAGCUAUGAGGACCCAUAUAAUUAUUGAGGGCAGGCCAAUUUGUUGAGUUCAAUGAAACAUAUCUAAUGGUUAUUUUAUCAAGGUUAAGACUGAUAUGGCCAUCGCAGUUGUAAUCUUAAGCCAAAUAAAACUCUGAUUGGAUGGUUGAAUAGUAUGGCCAGUAGUUUUUAAUUCUCCUACAAAGUGCUGGAUUCCUGCACUCUUAAAUGAAGUCUAUUGACUCUUUGUCUUGUCUCACAGAUAGGAGGAUUGGAACUAGAUCUUCCUCAUUUCUCCAGAGUGGUGAAACAAUUCGGAGGACUCCAAAAGGUAAAAUUAGUAUUCUUUAUCUGCCUAAUCUGAUUAAAGACUGCCUCCUCAAAGCACAUGCAGGUCGUGAAGUCGCUAUCUUCUUCUUCGUUUGUAGGUUAUCGAUAGCAGAAAGUGGGCAAGAGUCGCAGAAAUAUUGAAAGUACCUCGAGCGGUAAGUCCUUCCUUUGACUUUGAUGUGUUUGAGGUGGGGGUUCGUUAAAACAUUGCACUUAUGAGAUCUGAACGGCCUUGGAUUUGACCCUCGGUCGUGCCAGCGUUUUGUUUCCUUAGACAAGAAACUUGCUUCACAUUGUCGCUCUAUAUCUGAGAAUACGGCCAUAGUCAAAAUUUGUCAAAGUUUGUAAACUGCCGAAAAAUAAAUAGGACCAUGUGAAAGUACUGGCAAAGAGGUUUCAUUAGAAUGGUCACAACGCUGAAUUUUGUCCACAAUCGCAAAAGCUAGAACCUCCGUAAAGACUCCAUCUGGACCCCAUGAUCGAUGUUCUUUUAGCUGACGUGUUUGGUUCUGUUUCUUUCAGGCUCAAGACCGAAUUGGGAAGCUUCAGGAUAUCUACUGCAAAUAUUUGCUCUCCUACGAUCUCCUACCACAGGUAAAUUGAUCUUCACGGGACAAACAUUUCUUCUUAAUUAUUGAGUAAUCAACUGAUAACUUAGCACUGUCUCUAUCUUCAGGAUGACAAAGCUGAACUGCUGCGACAGGUUCAUCUAGAAAGGGAACGAAAGGUUGACUGUGGUAUGUCAGUUUCACAUUUUGGCGUAAAUUUCUGUGGUCAGUAAGAGUAUACAACAUGGAAAAUUGUUGUCGAUUUGUUGUACCCAAGAAGGUUAUCACAGCAUUGGUCUUAGUCCACAGUCCUAAAGGUAGAAUUGCUCGGCGUUGCUGUUAAUAGAUUCUGGCGGGGGUGGGGGGGCGGGGAAUAAGUGAAAGAAACGCUUGUCUGCAAAUGAGGGUUUGAGUGGGUGGAGGUCUUAUCAUAUGAAUUAGAGAAAAAUGUCGCUUUUGGGCGGAGCCGCAGGGAAGGAAUCUGUAGUGACGAAACAGUUAAAGACUUUCAAAGAAAUGCGAUCUAAAUGGGAAGACCGGCUCUCCGAGCGUGAACUCGGGCUUGAAGAGUAGGAAUUUGGCGAAAACAAAUCGGAUCGGAUUUAGCGCUAAAUGUGCGCUUUAAGGCUAUGAUUUGAUUCUAAAUCCAGUUUGCCAGUUUGGAGGUCGAGGUAAUCGAAGAUCUCCGUGUCUCCUUGGGCGUUUUUGUCUCUCUUCGCCGCAUGGCGUUUAAAGGCCAGUACAAUGUUUCGUGUGUGUGUUUGGCAAAUAAAAGGAAGGUAAAAUUUUAAACGAUGAAAAAUACAUCGAGUGCAUUUUAAAUUAUACCAGAGUUAUGGGGACGUUGGAAACUUCGUUUGGUUGGUGCAUACUCGUUGCUGAAUCCCUAUUACCAUAUUCCAUUGUUGUAAGAAAGGAUCACUUUCUUUUAAAUUUUAAAAGCUCGUUUUCAAUCUGAUAGUUGAGUUACGACCAACUUAGAUUGUUUUUGUUCUUGCAGAACAAGGCACGGACACGUGGUCUGUCAAGGUACACAUUAAUUAUCGUACUUUUUGUUUGAAUUAAGCAUCGUUUAAACUCAUGGCUAUCGUGUUAAAGCUUUAGACAAAGAAACUCUUUCACUAAGUAUUGUACGAUUUUUUUUAGGGCCGCAAUUUCUCCUUGGUACCGUUUCAACGACUUGCUCGAAAUGUGCAAGGACAUUUCUUCAAGAAUUCCCCAUCUGCGAACGACGUAGAGGUAAAUGAUGUUUUUCUGCACAAAAUCAAAGAAAUAAACCAAAUAUCAUAGGAGCAAACAGACCACGAAAACGAACUUCCAACUGUCAACACUCUAACCUACUCGCCUCUCUGUACUUCAAACAAUCCCUUCCUCUGUGAUACCAACACCUCUGUAAUGCGGGAAGUUGAGUCUCUCCCGCCAUCCUUUAGUGUCCGUAUUUAGGAGGUUGGACGGUAUGUUCUCACAAGACAAGCUUCAUGGUUUGAAAUAGAAAAAAUCAGUGGCACACCGCUCCAGAAGGAUACUCUAAUGUUUUUCUUGUUAUUUUCUACAGAAAGAGUUCUGGAAGGUUGUCAACGACCGUGAAACCUACGUCUCUGUUCACCGAGGAACACUGGAUACAAAUCAGGAACACAGUUGUUUUCCAACUGACAAAGGAGAUCCGUAUUCGAAGUAAGCAACACUUCUAUUGGAAAUGCAAAUUUUGUAAAAGUAUCUGUAAUUCCAAGAACAUCUCUUUUUCUUUCUUUUUUUUAGAAUUGGCUGGAAUUUAAACGUCCUUCCUCAUUUACCUAGUUCAGUAUUAAAGCAUGUGGGACUUCUUCAAGGUAAGAAAAUAAUUGAGGGCAGGUUACAAAAGAGUAUAAUUAGCUACUUUUUAAGCAUGUUAUUUUACUUCACCAGUACAAUUUGUUUGUGCAAAAAUUGUUGUCUGUGACCCAGUUUACUCGGGUCCAGAUAAAUUUUUGAACGGAGAAAAACUUGCACGGUUCCACCUUUCGUUCACACAGGACUCGCGGAACCGUGCAACUUUUUGAACGGCAAACAGUAAUUCAAUCUGUAACAUUAUUUGUAAGGUUCCGUGUAAACGGGGUGUGUAAAACAAAAAUCAUAUCAUGCCUGUGAAAACGACUGAAGACUUUUAUGGGUCCUCUGUAUAGUUAUUGCUUUAGGAUCAAUGAGGUGCAUAAGUGGUUUCGGCUCUAAACAAAUUUUCGUGUUUAUUUCAGAUGUAACGAUACCCUGGCUUCAGUUUGAUAUGUUGUUCUCUGUAAAGCCGUGGCAGACGCAUCCUCUUGCACUGUACACAAUAGACUAUCUCCACAGUGGCGCUGAGAAAAUCUGGUGAGAAAAUCAAAGCUUUUUUUAUUAGUCAGUACUACAAAUGUAAUAUAUAUAUAUAUCUUUUAAUUUAAAAGUUGUUGCCCCAGUUCGCCUUGAUGAAAACAAUGGUUUUUUCUAUUUUUGCUUGCAGUGGCCUAAAUCUCCUAAAUGUGCAACUGCCGUAAAUGGCCACUUAUAAGCCCAAGGCUUAUGCUUCUUCGUAAAGGGUUUUACAUCCGAGGGGGGCUUAUUUUAACCGGAAUAGAAAACGCGCUUGCAAACAAGUUACAACAGUGCUGCAUAAAAAUACGUUUUGCCAGUAUAUCAAACUCAUUUCAAUGCAUUUGGAGGGGGCUUAUAUCCAGUGGAGCUUAUAAGCGGCAAUUUGAGGUCUUAUACUGUGAAGAAAUGUGUCCAAACUGAUUGCCUGUUGUUUAAUUGUAUCUUAGGUACAGCAUUCCUGUAGGAGAAAGAAAGAACCUCGCCUCUUUUUACGGACACGAUGUUGAAUCUGCGGAAACAUCACUCGCGGAUAAGAUGGUAAGUAUUACUCUCCCCCCAACUGAGAUCAACCUCUCCUUAGCAGUUGCGACAGGCUACUUAAAGGAGCUAUGUCACACUAUUUAUCAUCUUUUUAAAAAGCUAAAGCUAUUCGUUGCAUCAAUUGAAUUCCAAAAAUAACUGUCCAGUCUUGUUGUUUAAGACCAUAUUUCGGCAUUGAAACUGUUUCAUGUAGGCUGUAGCCUGCGUGCAAGCUUUCCAUUCGGGGGAUAUCGUGAAAAGUAGACGCGCGAGAGGCACGCGCUUCGCCGCUCGCUCGCGCGUUCUCCCGCGGCUCACUUCGCUUGCCCAAAUAGGAGAGCUUGCUCGUAGGCUAUGUCGUCUGUUGCAACAGGUGGCAUAGAUGAAAAUGAAUUGAAACUGUUUUAAUGCUGUGCCUGCAAAAAUCACCAUAAGGAUUAGUAUUGGUAACAGGACUGAGUGGAGUCCAAUUCGGUCUGUAAUCAUGCGAGUGAUUAACAGAAUCGGACGACCGCGUAGCGGGAGUCCGAUUUGUUUAAUCACGAGUAUGAUUACAGACUGAAUUGGACGACACGAAGUUCUGUUACCAAUUAAUCAUAACUUUAACAAAAUUUGUGAUAGAAUAGGCUAUUUUUUAAAUCAAAACACGAGGAAUUCGAAAUUUUGUUUUGCUAGCAGUGAAAAAAAAAAGCCAUUUAAGCGCGCGUUUGAUGGCGCGUACUGUCCAAUUACUUAGGCAUUACGCGUACUGUCCUAUUAAACUGUCCAAUUAAGGCUGAAAUCAGGGCAGUUGAUAGCCAAUCAGAUUUGACAAUUUUGUUAUAGUUAUGAUUAUGAUGGUUAGUGGUCCCUGGUGAAAUUUGUUUCAUAUCUUCUUCAUAACUCUCCCGGAGCAUUUUGUGUAUUAGUUAAAGGCAAUGGCACUAAGAAAUGACUUGAGCACAGCACUGACCUAAAACAGUUAAAUCCUCGUGACUUAUCCCGGUUAAGUUUUUGAUAUCUUUGUUUAUCAUACUUAUCAUGUUAUUUCAUAACAUAUUUCAGUUGACAUAUCAUAGUAAAUCGUAUCACAUGGUAUCUUAUCAUAUAUGUAACAGUUAUUUCACGAGUGCGCGUUGGAUAUGAGAAAUCAUCUCAUAUCCAACAAGCGCGAGUAGAAUAAUUGUUUUAUUAAAAAAAAAACACACACAAAAUAUCGAGAAUUCUUUCCGACUUUAUUUGUAAAAGCAACCGAUUUUCAGCUUGUUUUUAAUUUAGAGCGGACGCGUACAGUUACCAUAUUUGGAGAGCAUGGUAAAAUGGCUCAUAUACCAUGAUGGCCAAGCCAAUCAGAGCUCUAGAACUGCGUUAUCGAAUGAUUCAGUUUUUAAUAAAAUGUGUUAUCAUGAUAUACCAUGUAUCAUAUCAUAUCAUUUCUUACAUCAGGCUUUCAACCAGCAUUGUAAACUGGGCAUCCAGGAGGCAUGUUUUGUCAUAAAAUUGUGGGACAUUAAGCGAAUUUUUCUCGAGUAUCUUCUAAAACGUGGCGUCCACAAAGGCCUCGACUUCCUUCUAGCUAAAACCUUGCUAUCCUUUCAGCUGUGCUGUAGAAUGUUCUGUGAAUUCUAUGCUCUCGUUAUGAUUAAAUAUUUACUCUGGUGUUCGUCAGGUCUCUCCCAGCAGCCUAAGUGACGGUAAUGUUGCGGUUACUAGAGUGGUGCAGAAAGUAGGACACUUCGUGAUCGUCUUCCCUGAAGUAAGCACUAAGCCUGUCUUUACAACCCCCCGUUGAUCUCACUUUAUACUCGUUUCAAUCUCGUUCCAAGGCUCCAUCUUCUUCCCUUGUCUCUCUCCCACUCGCUCCAGGGGAGGGAAGGGAAGAAACGAGAGCCUGGGAACGAGAUUGCCUCAGCUUCAAAAUUAAAGAUGGAGGCUCUACUUCGAGGCAGCUAAUAUCUUGCGCCCGUCGGAAAAAAUUGCGUCCACACGGCAGACUAAAUACAUCCUUACCAUAUAACGUAAGAUUUCCUCAUGUUUGCUAGAACGUAAGUUUGGUUUGGAAAAUUCCGCCGCAGUACGUGGAAUUUAUUUGCGAGCGAUUUUGAUCCAGGUUAGGUGGCUGGGGCCCGUUUCUCUUUAGUCGUAGUAAUUCCCCGUUCACGAAAGCUGUUUUGUUUGUAUUUUAGAACGAGGUUUCAAUAAUGGUUUCUAUAAUUUUGCAGAUAAUAUGAUACAGCUAUCGGUUAACAUAACUUUAACCCUUUCACAAAUGCAAAUUUUAACUAAAUGUUCAAAUUUCAUUUUCUGAAAUUUUUAAAAACAAUUAGCACCAUGUGUAAGUACAGCUAGAGAGCUUUCAUUUGAAUGGUCACACCAUAGGAUUUUGUCCACUUACUCAAAAGUUAAAGUAACCUCGCAAAUCUCCAUCAAGCACUCUGGCAGUGACAGGGUUAAUCUUUUGAUUUUUGAUUUUAAUAUAUAGCUUUGGGCCCGAAAAGUUACCGCUUCGUCUGAGAAACUGGGCCCUAGUUCGGUUAACGUUUCUCUCGAGGGGAGAUGAUCUAAUUUUCCAGACCUCAAACGGACUGCUAUGAAUUUUCGUGUGCAUUAAUAGCGUAACGAAUGUUUGCAGGUAUAUUACAGCAGCGUUAGUUGUGGGUAUUCUGUUUCUGAAGCUGUGGCUUUUGCUCCUUCUGACUGGCUGCUGCUUGGUUGUAAAAGAUACAAGGUAAGAGUGUUUCUCUCCCCCCCGCCUUCCCGUCUCUCCUCUUUUUUUAUUUUCCUUUUUCAGUAUUGGCCAUUUUAAAGUCGCGCGUGUGACUGGUUGGUUUUGUGCCGAACUGCAGUGUGGGAAGGGUCUCUCUUCUUUCAUUUGUUUUUUCGAGGUUGCACAGGAAAAGGGGUCAAAAACGUCCCUGUACAGCACACAACACAGACCCAGUCUCAAAGUGGCCAAUACGAGUCCUUGCCUUGUCAUUACUACUUGUGCCACUUGGCAAGCAACUUUUAAGCCUUACGAAGUGUUCAUUCAUUCAUUUUAGCUCUUAUGAUUUUGAAAUGGUUGCAUCGUUUACUUCUGUCUAAAACUUUGUCAGGUGUAUGUCUUUAGAGAGGUGUCCGCUUCACAGAAAGUUUAGGUGAACUGACAAAAGUAAUCAUAAUAUUAUAGAGCAUUUAAGAGAUAAGAUCUCCGCUGAUGUUUGUCGCGUGGUUUUGAAAAUCACAGCUAUAUGGCACCAGAUAUCACUUGGCGAUCUUUUACUCGUAGCUAGCUCACGGAAUUUUACUCCUGAUAUACGUGCCUUGCGCGGGAAGUGAUUUAAACGAAAUCUGAAGAUCGUGUGAAAAGUUACCGCGUUUUAGAAGAAGUCUUUUCUUUUUUGAAGGAUUUGAGGGAGUCAUCUUGGUGGAGCGAUUUUAAUUAUGACGGAUUGUUAGUUGGCAUGGCUGAAGAGGUAAGCAGAUAACAAGUCACGGCUUUAGAUAUUCACACUAUAAGUUAUGGGUUACAGGCUUAAAGGCGAGUUAUAACCAGCUUUUAUAUAUACCUCACAAUAACAAGUUAUGUGUGAAAGUACUGCCAAAAAGAUUUCAUUAGAAUGAUCACACCAUAGAUUUUGGUCUACAGAGUCAAAGGCUAAAACUUGUAAUAACCCAAGAUUAGGGAGUGCGAGCGAGAUCGUAGCGACAGAACGCACGUGCUCCAGCGCUGUGCUUUGUGGUAGAAGGUCAGCACGCGCGUGAUCAAAUUACGAGUGACAGAAGGUCCAAACAAGCGUGAUUAGAUUGCGUUCUAUACAUUCCAAUCUUUCUUAGUGGAAAUCCGUACUAAAGUCCUCUAAAAUAUGUGCCGCGCAUGUGUAAUAGCAACUUGGAAAUUAGUAUUGCGGUCUCUUCUAGUCGCCCGCACUCAGGGUAUGUAGCCUAAUAAACAAUGCCUAGUGAAAGUACUCAAACCAUAGGCUUUAGUCCACAAACAAAAGUUUUAGUUUUAAAGAACUCUGUGAGGGAAGAAAAGACGUCUCACUCACCUGAUUUACAAACAUUUUGUGUUGUUGCUUGGGAACUUUUUAACCAUGAAGAUUAUUAUUUGCCGCAGCAUGGAUGGAUAGUGAUAUUCCGGCAUGUUUUGCUAUAGCGACAGACAUAUUCAACAAACUUCUUCAUAUGUAGUUCACUUUUGUCGGUUUUGACUUUUCGGGCAGCCAGUGUUUAGCGUCGGACCAGCCUCCCUAGGGUGGAAAGCAAAAAACGGCGUUAAAAGGCAAAGCGAAGCGAGCCGAACCGCUCGGCUCGCCUCGCUCCCCGAUUUUUUGUUUUGCCUUUUUCCUCCACUGCGGAGCCUGGUCCCAGGCUACCUAGAGUUCGCCUUGGCCAUUUUUCAGUACUUAGUGCCCAUCUCAAAGGAGCUCGUCUUAUAGAGAAUUGACUUUAUGUCACACUCUGAACAGUUAUUGUCAUGUCUUCUUUUGCUAGCUAAAUGACGAGACACAAGAGGUUGUUCAGUGUUUACUGGCAGAGCUUAAACAAAUUCGGUAAUUUUGUCCUUUUUUACUUUUUGUUAUGAUAUUUCUCUAACUGUUUUUUUUUUUAAUAUUAUUAUUUAUAUUUUUAUGAUAUUUUUAUUUUUGCAACUUGGGUAAUCUUUAAUGGCGUCUGUUGGCUCAUUUUACAGUUCACCAUUUUUUUCUUUACUGAAAAUUGUUGUUGUAUUUCUCCAAAGGGACGAAGAGAAAUUAUAUAUGACCCGCCUCCUUGAACUGGGUUUGGUGGAAACAGUUGACAAGAAACACUUAACUUCCGGGUCACCUUCAGGUAAAUCUUACUCUCUCUCUUCUCCUUUUCCUCACUCCAUGGGGAGUUGGAGCGCGUCUGGUUUAAAACAAGCUGCCCCAUGGCUGGAUAUUUUGUCUUUUUCUCAUCCUGUUGUCAAGCGGUGACUGUACUUAUCGGUGGAUGUGCAACUAAAGCUUCUCCCCGCCCCUAAGUUUCCUGUACUCCCAACCGGUAAGGUUCGUCACUGGUGAACAUGUGAAAUGGUUGUCCGGUUAUUUCUGUUUCAGGGAAGAAAGGCAAAAAAUCUCUUACAAGCUGGACUCAGGCUGACUCAAGUUGUGUACUUUACUGUGAAGAAUGUGAUCGAGUUUGUUAUCUGUCAGCGGUGAGUUUGCCUUUUCCACCCACCCAUCCACCCGCCUUCUAUAGCAGUCAAACCUCUGAGGUGUUUUCGUUUUAUUUGGUGCAAUUUUAGUAAUUAACUUCUACAUGGAAACAUGGGGAAAAAUGUCUUCGACAAUUAGUUAUUGUAACUAUCUUUUCGUUAGUUUUUUCUCUGAUUUUAAUGGCCUUUUUGUCGUUGCAAACGCUUCGCGCCUAACAAAGCUUAUGUUAACAGUCACACAGUUUCACUUUUCAAACACUUAGACAAUAAACGAAAUGACCUGAAACCAGCGUACGGGGAAACACGGAGCUAUAAGGGGCACCCGCUCUAGGGAGCUAUUAAGUUGAUUCAAACCGCUGCGGUCUCCCCAGGAAUACUUUACUUUUCGUAGUUUAAGUUACCGCUGAAUACAUACACUAAUGGCGCAUUGGUCAGCGGUCAUGGCAAUGUCGAAAAUUUUCUUUAGAGGCGUAAAAUAAGACCCACGUUAUAUGUUUAAGUUCUUUGAUCUGGGUCUCCAGAGAGUAGUCUCUGGUCUCAGUGUUUACCUUGAAAUUCGCAAUCUGUUAUGAAAUAAUUCCAUGAAUUCUCUUAGAAUUGAAUCGUGAAAAAUAAAUUCUCGUCUCAAAAGGUCUCUAAUUUUUAAUAUCGUAGCUUUCGACUGUAUCGCACAGUCUUCAUCAGCAGUGAACUCUCAGUGUUGUCACGUGAAUUAGUGGCGUAAUGUAAGUCAUUAAAAAUCGCGGGAAGUUCAUAACCCCCAUCUCUUUUUCGGACUGGGCGCUGGCGUCUGAUAUGGAUGACCUUUUUAAUUUUUCUUUCAAUGUCCACCGUCUCCUGGUCAAGGAUCCUGACCCCCCACCUUCCUCCCAUAGCUUUGGACUGGUAUUCUCAGUCUCUUUCCUAGAGCCCUAGCUGUGUCUCCUAAAAUCUGAGACUGGAAUUAAUAUUUUCAGAUGUUAUGAAAUACUUUUAAAUUAAACAUUUUCACUCGGUCCUUGUUCUGCAGGUAAUAGGUGAGAAUGAACCGCAGGUACUGUGUCUCAAACACGCGGUUCAGUAUAUAACAGACAACGCCUCGCCAAAAGGCUUCAAAAUUAUGAGCAGAUAUGAUACAGUAAGUGGCUGAUGACUGAAAAUAAAUUAAAUGAUAAUAAUAAUAAUAAUAAAAACCAGUAGACGCAUCUGGCCUGUUUCCUCUAAGUUCCUUUCAAAAAUGUCCGAUGUUUCUGUGCCUUUCCUCGGUCAAGAGCUAACACCUGUGUCAUCUGCCAAGGACCAAGGCGUCAUGCGUGCCUUAAACUUGACUUUUAAUGAGCACUUCUCCUCUCCUUCACUCCUCCCUUUUAUCUACCCCUGAUAUCAAGUAAAUAGAGUCCGGCAUUUUUUUCUAGAGAUGUAUUGUACAUAAUCAUUAACUUACUAGUCUUUAGUAAACUAUUCUAUUGUUCAACGGUAUGGUCCGGGACUUCAAACGAGAAUAUUCACAAACUACAGCUGUUACCAAAUUUUGCUGCCCGUAUUUUAGCGAAUAUUAAAAACUUUGAUCAUAUUUCACCUGUUCUGAAUGGACUCGGUUGGCUCACCACUGAUGAACUUGCGUGACGUAACUAUGAUUUAUAGAUUCAUUAACGGUCCAGCUCUAACCUAUUUAAGUGCUAGUCUUUUCAAACGUUCUGAAACCCAUUCAUGUAACACCAGAAACAAAGACCUCCUCAGUUUUCCUAUGUGUAGGACGUCAGCAUCAUCAUCAGCAUCAGCUUCUAUUAUAGAGCACGUAAUAAUCUCUCUGUUGCUAUUAGGAACUCGCACUCAGUUUCACAGUUCAAGAGGAGUGUGAAAAGAAAAAUGUUGCGAACAAAACAUGAAGUUUGGCUGGAUUUAGUGAUGAUUUUUAGUUAUACUUACCUUAAUGUGAAUAAGUUAUUUGUAUUGUGUCUUUUAAUAAAAAUGUAAUUAGAUAUAUGUUAAAUUAUAUGCAUCUAUUUUUUUUGUACUUGAUGUAAAUUAAUUCUCAAAAGCCCCAUUGGUAGAAUUAAUAAAUUGUAUUGUAUGGUAAGUUGGUUUGUUCUGGUGGACAAUGAUUUAUUUUGUUGCUGUGUUUAUUAUUAUCACCAUCAUCAUCAUCAUCGUCAUCAUCAUCAUCACCAUUAUUAUUAUUAUUAUUAUUAUUAUUAUUAUUAUUAUUUUAUAUAUAUUUAUUUAUUUUAUGUCAUUUUCUUUCAGGAUCAACUAGAUGAACUCGUUAAUAAGGUCGAGGACAAGCUAAAGAACCUUGAUCCCUGAUCCCAAGGUCAAGGAGGUGGAGGAGAGAAUCGGACAGCGACGUAUUGGGUAUCAGAUCCUGCUGUUUCUUCUAAGGGUUGCCCAAACGAAUCCGAGGGAUUAUUUUUGUUUACCUUGUUGUGUUUGUCUUCCCGUCCCUCACAUGGACAGUCUUUCGCUUCGCCGUUAUUUACGAACAAGAAAGUUAUUGUCCCCUUUGUUUUGAUGGCGUCUACGCGAGAAAUGGAAAGUAUUGUGAAAUUGUUGCCAAUCUCGAGAAGAUACGCGCGUCCCUUUCUUUCCCGCCCACCGUCCAAGUUUCCGUCCUCUUUUCUUUUUAUUCGUACGUGAACGCGGACUGUACGAUUUUGUCCUGUCCCUUGAGAUGCUUCCCAAAAAAGAUAGCAACAAGAAAGUGAAUCUAAAAAAACGGUCUUCUCGAUUCCCUUUUUCAUCGCUGCACAAAUUGUACAGUUUAGCCUGGGAAAAAGUGAGUAAAUAAACAGGCAUAUGUCUCUCGUUUGUGUGCGGUGAAACCGAGGAAGAUCUUGCUCUUCCACAGCUUUCUCCUGAUUUUAUAUUCUGUGCCCAAUUUUUUCUCACUCUGCCCUUUUGAGUUGUUUAGUGGUCUUGUUCAUAGUUCAGUUGGUAAGGAAUACGCUUCUACAGUUUUUGGUUGGUGUUUUGUUCUGUGUAGAGGCAGAUACACACAUACGAUGAAAAUAAGAGUUUUUAUCCGUAUCUAUUAGUUUGGCGAUCGUAUUUUACCUCAUUCAAUAGGAAUACGCGCUUACAAUGUAAGAUUAAAGAACGUUCACAUUGGGUAAUACAUCUUAUGUACUGUUUAAAAAACGAGCAGGAGUUUAUUAUCAGGUUUAAAAACUCGAGGCGAAGCCGUGUGUUUUUACACCUGAUAAUACAAGACUGCGAGUUUUUUGAACGGCUUCAAAAUCUCUGAUAUAGAUCAACUCAUUCUUGCACUGAUAUUUAGAUUUGGGGUUAUUUUGGUCUAAGAAUUUGGACGUUAAGUUUAGCCGUGUCUUCAUCAGAUGUAACGACACUCAUUAAACAUUAAGUUCUUUUGUUCUUCUGUAUGAAUUUUGAACUGACAGUAAAAACGAAAUAUUAUGGAUAGCUUAUAAAUAUAUAAAUUGACAGUAAAAUACAUUAUAUAUAUAUACACAUGUA